AUGGCUGGCUUCGCGCCCGUGGACCCGGCGAAGAUGAACGGAACCAAUGAUGGGAAGCGAGUCGCAUACUUUUACGACUCCGACGUUGGCAAUUACGCUUAUGUGAGCGGCCACCCCAUGAAGCCGCACAGAAUACGGCUGGCGCAUUCUCUGAUCAUGAACUACGGCCUCUACAAGAAGAUGGAGAUCUACCGGGCAAAGCCAGCCUCAAAAUACGAGAUGACUCAGUUCCACACGGACGAGUACAUCGACUUUCUCGCAAAAGUCACACCAGACAACAUGGAGUCGUACCAGAAAGAGCAGCAGAAAUACAACGUUGGUGACGACUGCCCUGUCUUUGACGGCCUCUUUGAGUUUUGCGGUAUCAGUGCUGGCGGUAGCAUGGAGGGCGCUGCUCGUCUGAACAGGAAGAAGGCCGACAUUGCCAUUAACUGGGCAGGAGGUCUCCAUCACGCGAAAAAGAGUGAAGCCUCUGGUUUCUGCUACGUCAAUGACAUCGUCCUCGGCAUCAUUGAGCUACUCAGGUUUCACAAGCGAGUUCUGUAUAUUGACAUCGAUGUGCAUCACGGUGACGGUGUCGAGGAGGCUUUCUACACAACUGAUCGAGUCAUGACUGCUUCCUUCCACAAGUACGGAGAGUACUUCCCCGGAACUGGCGAGCUUCGAGAUAUCGGCGUGGGCUCGGGCAAAUACUACUCGGUCAACUUCCCUCUUCGUGAUGGCAUCGAUGAUAACUCAUACAAAGGCAUCUUCGAGCCAGUCAUCAAAGCCACCAUGGACUACUACCAACCCUCGGCUGUGGUCCUUCAAUGUGGUGGCGACUCGCUGUCAGGUGACAGGCUAGGAUGCUUCAAUUUGAGUAUGAAGGGCCACGCCAACUGUGUCAAUUUCGUUAAAUCAUUCAACUUGCCAACUCUCAUCCUCGGAGGUGGAGGCUACACCAUGCGCAACGUGGCUCGAACAUGGGCGUACGAAACCGGUUGCCUUGUCGGUGAUCCGCUUUCUUCCAAUCUCCCUUAUAAUGACUACUACGAGUAUUACGCUCCUGACUACGAACUGGAUGUUCGGCCCUCCAACAUGGACAACGCGAAUUCCAGAGAGUAUUUGGAGAAAAUUCUCGCGCAAGUCUUGGAGAACAUGAGGCGAACUCAGAAUGCUCCAUCUGUGCAAAUGACUGAUAUUCCACGAGAGUCAUUGGGCUUGAAUGAUGACGAAGAGGCGGAGCUGGAUGACCUUGAUGAAGAUACAUACCCAGAUCAGCGCUCAACAGAACGCAGACGAGACAAAAAGGUCGAAAAGAAUGGCGAAUAUUAUGACAGCGACGAUGACAUGGAGGACGAACGGCCUGGCCGUCCCAAAACAAUCCCUGGUCGUGACAUGGAGAAUGCGAGAACCAAUUUUCGGAAUAUCAUGGAUGUCGGUCGAGACUCCGGCCUGGACACUGGCAGUGGUGUCGGGACCCCGCUUCAGGGGUCCAGCUUACCAGAUGAUGAGAUGCACGUUGAUGAGCCCCAAACCGAAGCCCAGACUCCUGAUCCUACGCACACGACGAACGGCUCAGGAGCUGUCUCCGGCGCCAUGUCACCUCAGAGAGCCGCCGAUGCUGAUGAGGAUGUGGCCAUGGGUGAGGCUGACGGCACCGAUGGUGUCGCUGAUGUUACCACUGCUGCAACUGCCGAAAUUCGAGGAGCCGAAGAAGCUACUGUCUCUCAGCAAAUCACUCCACCAAAGUCUCCUGUGCAAGAUACCCCUGCCGUCGCAGCUCCCAGCGUCACCGCGGCUGAAACUACUGAGGAACCCAGCCACGCCGCUCCUGCCGAGACAGAGGGAUUGCAAGCGGUCAAGCAGGAGAUGGAUGCCGAGGAUCAGGCUAUUGCCGCGGAGGAAGAAGGCAGGAUGGAGAGAGAGCAGGCCAAUGCGGAUGGCGAAGCCAACACCGAAGCUGCUACGAAGGCGGAAGCUACGACUUAG